CUAGUUUUUUUAAUGCAGUAAGAGAUUCAACGAUCUCUUGUCUGCAAAUUUUCUUCGAAAGUUGAAAUCUUGGAUUCUAAAUUCUAUUUCUUUCUCAUGUUAAAUGUCUAGGUAAUCUUCUCCAGGGAGAAUCUGGUUUAGGAGCUCAAAUGCUUGUGUUUUUGCUGCGGUGGAUUCACCUCACAGUGGGUUUCUUCCUUGAAUGUGCCGUGGUUUUAUGGAUUUAAAGGGGUUUGGGGUGGGAGAGAUUAUCGAUUCUCAUUCUCAUUCGUUUUAUGGAUUUUGAUAAUUGGUUUUCGCCAUUUAUUUCCAAGUUUUUGAGAGUAUUCAAAAGUUUUGAAGUCCUGUCAAUGUCUCAUUUGGAUAUUAGGAGGGUUGCCUUCUUUCUAAUGAUUUGAUGGUAUUUUGAUAGCAAGCCCGGCAGGAGAUAUAGAACUUGUUCAUUUUUUGCUUUAUUCGAUUUGAAACAAAAAGAAUGGCUAUGGCGUCGACGGUAAAGGUUGUUCUAGGCAGCAUUGCUUUUGGCUUUUUUUGGGUUUUAGCAGUUUUUCCUGCUGUGCCUUUCAUGCCUAUUGGAAGAACAGCUGGUGCUCUUCUUGGUGCCAUGCUCAUGGUUGUAUUCCGAGUUAUUUCUCCUGAUGAAGCAUAUGAAGCCAUUGAUCUUCAUAUUCUUGGCCUCCUCUUUGGAACCAUGGUUGUUAGCUUCUAUCUCGAGAGGGCUGACAUGUUCAAGUAUCUUGGCAAAUUGCUUACCUGGAAGAGUAGAGGAGGCAAGGAUUUGCUCUUUAGAGUUUGUCUAGUUUCAGCCAUUUCUAGUGCUUUGUUCACUAAUGACACUUCCUGUGUUGUUCUCACCGAAUUCAUUUUGAAAAUUGUGAGGCAGAACAAUCUCCCUCCCCAACCUUUUCUUCUAGCUCUUGCUUCGAGCUCAAAUAUUGGAUCUGCUGCUACUCCCAUUGGUAACCCACAGAACCUUGUUAUAGCUAUUCAAAGUAAGAUUUCUUUUGAGAAAUUCUUGUUUGGGAUCUUUCCUUCUAUGUUGUUGGGUGUGUUAGUUAAUGCUGCAAUACUAUUAUGCUACUUUUGGAAGCAUUUGUCUAUAGAGAGGGAUCAAAAAGUGGAGGCCGAAGCCGGAGAUUUGGUUGUAGAAAAUGAGGUGAAUUCUCACCGAUUUUCACCCGCGACAAUGUCUUAUGCUAAUUCAAUGAGUUCUCAGGACUUCAGCUCUGUCAUUGAUGAUAUGACACCAAGUUCAUUAGUGAAUGCGGAGCCUUUGAGAACUGUUGUAAUUGUUGAUGGAUUGGGAUUACAAACUGUUGGUAUUUCACAGAGAAGGGAGGAAAUUUCUUCUGCUAGGAGAUACAUAAGAACUACCAGCAGAAGUAGGAACAGUCAUGCUGGAGAAGCAAACUCAUUGCCAAAUUCAGAAGCAAGGGAUGCUCCUAAUGAGAAUUGGAAGAGAUCUUUGUGGAAGAUAUGUGUCUAUCUUGUGACCAUUGGAAUGCUCAUUGCUCUUCUUCUGGGGCUUAACAUGUCUUGGACGGCUGUUACUGCUGCUCUUGCUCUUGUUGUUCUUGAUUUCAAGGACGCCCGACUUUGCUUAGAUAAGGUUUCAUACUCAUUACUGAUAUUCUUUUGUGGGAUGUUCAUAUCUGUUGAUGGCUUCAAUAAAACAGGAAUACCAAGCACCCUUUGGGAAGCUGUUGAAAGGUAUUCACGCAUUGACAGUAUUGGUGGGAUUGCAUUACUCAGUGUGGUCAUCCUUGUUCUAUCUAAUGUUGCCUCAAAUGUUCCCACUGUUCUGCUACUAGGGAGUAGAGUGGCGGCAUCAGCAGCUUCAAUCUCUGCAACAGAAGAGGCUCGUGCUUGGCUGAUACUUGCAUGGAUGAGCACAGUGGCCGGAAAUCUCUCUCUACUUGGAUCUGCUGCAAACUUGAUAGUAUGUGAGCAGGCUCGAAGGGCGCAGUUUUAUAGUUAUAAUCUCUCCUUUUGGAGCCAUUUAAAGUUUGGAGUUCCUUCUACUAUUAUUGUCACUGCAAUUGGUUUGCCCCUCAUAAGGAGUUACUGAUCUCAAACUGAUUCUGCUUGAAAUAACAUCAAUUUAGGUAAUGAUUGUGCUGCCUGAUACUACUAUUGCUUGUUCCUUUAAUAAGUGACAUAUUGUAUUCAGUUUGUCAAAGUUUAGAUGUGAAGAAAUUGUUUCGAAGUUGACAAAAGUUUGUCCUUUAUUUGUAAUUUUUAGUCUGAUGUUACUUCAUCAUAUAGUAAACUGAAAGCUUCUGUAUCUUUCAAAAUUGUAAUGAUAACUAAUC